UGUACAUGACGCCGUACUUCGUACAGAGAUAAGAAACAACUGUGUUCACAUAAUCUCUCGUGGUCCAUGGAUGGGUUUGCUAAUGCAAAGAACUCAGAAUGAGCUAUACGAAGAUUUCAGCCUUGUUGUUGUUCACUAUGACAGCUUUGCAUUGGGAAACAACAAUUGGCUUUGUUGUUAUUGAUGGAAACUGUAAUGAUGUCAUCAGACUUCCUUGUAAAGCUACAAACCAAACAAAAAAAUUCCGUUACGUCAUAUGGUACAAGGUUCUGGAAAUCGAGAACUCUCCUAUUAUCAAGAAAAGAGGCAACGAGGUUACAUACUUCAAUUCUACAAAUAAUCUAACUUCUGUUUUUCUGGGAGAGAAAGAGACCCUGGAGUUACAUAAUGUGCAGCCUUCAGACUCUGGGACAUAUAGAUGCUACCUGGCUGCAAACGCUGGAGGUCAAAACUAUGAUUCUUUCAUUGGAUUGAACAUCUCAGAAUGUGUCCAGGCGAGCACAGUUUAUCCCAGCACCAUUAUUGCUACAGAUUCCUGUCUUGCUGUUAUAGAUCUGUCUACCUCUUGGGCUGCAGUCAGCUUUAUUCUCAUCAGUGUGACCAAAAUCAUUUUGUGCAUCAUAGCUGUGGGGGUGUGUGAUCAGGUCAAAUUUAGAACAAGAAGAAAACAACAGGAUGUACGAAGAAACACAAAUGGAAAAAGUUCAAGUUGUAAAGACUGAGAUUUGAAAAUAAAAAUAAUAGCAACAAAACAAUCAAACAGUUCAUCCUGUAAAUAUUUUGUAAGGUUGUCUGUGCCUUUGAAAGGGUUGGAGUUUUUCAUUUUGUGAGUGUAGUUUUGUGAUAAAUUGAUUAUUUUAACUCCUCUGCAUUUUAUUUAAUUGAAGGUUGUCAUUGAGAAACAGUUGAAAUUCAAUAGAUCUGUACUCUGCACUUUGUGUUUACUGUUUUCCACCCCCAGUAAUCUACUGUUAUAUGUACUGUAUAUGCAAUCUAUAUGUAUAUUUCUUAAUGUUUGUGUUUUUUAUGGAUCUCAGAGGUUAAUAUAUUUUUAUAUGAACAAACAGGAUACAGACAACAAAAUUGUAAAAAUUAAUUUGUACAGAUGCUUAUACUGUAAGUACUCUCAAAGUCAACUUGAAGAGAAAAUGUGGUUCAAUUGUUUAACAGGCAUUGUAACCCCCGGUAAAGCUUUUCUGUGUUGUUUAUAAUUAAAAUAAGCAAAAAAGAAACAAAAACGCUUAGUGUGCAGGUGUCAAGGACACAAUUGGUUUGAACUCAUUAAUGGGUAACACUUUACAAUAAGGUUCAUUAGUUAAUGCAUUUACUAACAUGAACUAAUCAUGAACAACACAUGUACAGCAUUUAUUAAUCAUAAUUGAUCAUUUACUAAUGCAUUAUUGACAUCCAAGUCUAUGCUUGUUAACAUUAGUUAGUGCACCAUGAGUUAGCAUGAACUAACAAUGAACUACUGUAUUUUCAUUAACUAAUGUAAACUAACAUGAACAAAUACAGUAGUAAAUGUAUUGAUCAUUGUUUGGUCAUGUUAGUAAAUGCAUUAAUUAACAUUAACUAAUGAACCUUAUUGUAAAGUGUGACCCAUUAAUGUGUAUUAUUCGGAUUAUAAUAGUACAGUUGCAGUUAUAAUUCUGAAAUAUUUUCUAGAUUUUGUUUUGUCAACCGUGCCGAAAAAACAACAACAAAAAGUCAAUAAUUAACCCCAAAAUAAAAGUUACUCACUUUUUACUCACCCUCAAGUCGUUCCAAACCUUUAUGAUUUUCGUUCUACUGUUAAACACUAAAGAAGUAUUUUGAGGAAGUCUGAAAUCCUGUAACCAUUGACUUUCAGUAUAGCGAGGAUAAACAAAAAAUAUGGGUCAAUGUAUGCAGGUUUUCUGAUGUCUUAUAAAACAUGUUUUGUGUUCAACAGAAGAAAGAAAGACAACAGGGUUUAAACAGCUAAAGGGUCAGUAAAUAAUGAUAUAAUAUUCUCGUACGGCAAAUUAAUAAAUUUGAAAAUAUUUCCACUUCAAAAUAUUGCAAACUAUCAGUUAAUUAUUAAUUGUUACAUUAGGAAUUAUUGUUUUAGAAGGCAACUAUGUGCGAAUAGAGAUAACUACAAUUUUCAUUAAAAAUACAAUAAAUUAAAGUAAAUAACCAGAAAAUA